AGUCAGCAGAGCAAUGCUCAGAGCAGGGCAGAGGUUUCAGAAGAGUGCAGGAGCACAAAAACAUCACUCUCUUCUGGAUAAAUAAAUUACUUGACAGAUGGACUUGAAUAGGUGUUGAUAAAGGAUUAUGUAUUGCAGCUCUUUAAGAUCAUGACUUUGGGUUGGAAUAAUGGGAAAUGUUGUUCGGGGAGCUGUGGCCUUCAUUCCUUCAGACCGCUGUCAGCGAUUCUUGGUGGGGGACUUGAAAGAGAUGCCCCUUGAUCGUACCUUGGACCUAAGUAGUCGUCAGCUGCGUCAUUUUCCGCUUGCAGCUUGCACCUUCAGUGAACUUGUUAAACUCUACCUGAGUGAUAAUCGCUUGAGCACUCUGCCACCUGAGCUUCACAGGCUGCAAAAGCUCCAACUUCUGGCACUAGACUUCAACUGCUUUGAAGAACUGCCUUCAGUUGUUUGCAGCCUGCGGCAGCUUAACAUCCUAUACCUUGGGAAUAAUCGAAUUUACAAACUGCCAAAGGAGUUGGCUGAGCUCACUGAACUAAAGUCAUUGUGGCUGGAGACCAAUUGCUUUACAAAGUUCCCAUGUGUAGUAUGUAGGCUUCCUAACCUCAAGACCCUUCACCUGGGCUACAAUCAGUUUCGCAGUUUGCCUGCUGAUCUGGCAAGAUUAAAUGAUUUGCGAAGUGUCUGGCUAGCUGGAAACUUGCUGAAUGAAUUUCCACUAGUGCUUCUAGAAAUGCAUUGUUUAGAAGUUAUUGAUGUAGAUAGGAACCACAUACGGUAUUUUCCAGCACUGAGCCACUUGAAGGGACUUAAGCUGGUUAUCUAUGAUCAUAACCCUUGUAUUAAUGCACCUAUGGUAGGAGAGGGUGUGAGACGUGUGGGGCGCUGGGCAGACUGCUCUGAUGAUGAAGAUAAUGAAGCUGAAGGUAAGGCAGCUGAAGUAUCAAUAGAAGUGAGAGAGCAACUCCCAGACAAUGAAUAACAUGAACAAUACAAGCAAUAUAGUAUAUGCUAUGACUUAUUGUAUAUACUAUGACAAGCAAUACAGCAUGUUAUAAUAUGAUAUGCUUGUAAAAAGACAGGUAUGAAAGGGUUUACAAAUAUGUCCAUGUGAUAUUGAAGAGGAUUUCUAGAUGCAAGAAUAUUACUUUUCAUGGAAAUGUUUAUAAUGAAAUAAUGGAAAACUAAUGCAUUUUAAGACAACUGUUUUCAUAAUACUGCAUUAAGAUUUAUCAAAUCUGAAAAUAGACUUUCUAUAGCUAUGAUUUAUGCAUUGGUUUCAGAUAUUAACUCAGGCUCUAUCUGAUAUUCUCUUUAAGUUCAAGUUCAAGUUCGGUUUAUUCAUCACAUACAUAGUCAUACACAGUAUAACACGCAGUGAAAUGGUGGAGUAGUGAAGUGAAUUAAUGUAUUUUAAUUUAAUGAUUUCUUGUUAAUUUCCAACAAUAUACCUCAUCUCCUCACUAAUGCAUAUUUCAUGUGGCAGAUUUGGGUCUCCAUUUUGAUGUAAGACCUUUAAUAGGUUCUAAUCAUUAUACUAGUUUUUCCCUUGUCGGUGGUGGAGCAGAGGGUUCAGUAGAAUAUUCUCCACACAAAUUGUUAAUUACUCUCAUAUUUGAAUGCUGUGUUUCCACUAAACACAUGCUAAAGAUACAAAUUAAGUUACAAUGGUGGUAAUAUUCAAGAAGUGAUAUCAUAUGUUUCUAUAUAAUUAAUAAUGUCAGUAAUAAUUAUUCUGAUAUUUCACACUUUCAAAGAUUUUUGUGCAAUAAAAGAUCACAAGCUUCA